UGUGAAUACAACGUCACGUUUGUAUGCGGAAGGAUUCACUGGAGUGACAACAGUAUAUUCAUCUGUACUUCGGAGCAGAAUAACCACAGCUAGUUUUUCAACAUGUUUAAGGCUGUUAUUUUAAUAGGGGGGCCUCAGAAAGGCACGAGGUUCAGGCCGCUCUCAUUUGAAGUUCCCAAACCUUUGUUUCCAGUAGCUGGUGUGCCCAUGCUCCAGCAUCACAUUGAAGCAUGUGCCAAGGUACCAAAUCUGAAGGAAGUCCUGCUCAUUGGGUUUUACCAGCCUAAUGAAGAACUCACUAGAUUCCUUUUUAAUGCCCAGCAAGAAUUCAAGAUUUCCAUUAGGUAUUUGCAAGAAUAUGCAGCCCUGGGUACUGGAGGGGGCAUCUAUCACUUCAGAGAUCAAAUCAUCGCUGGUGGCCCUCAGGCUUUCUUUGUUCUUAAUGCUGAUGUGUGCGCAGCCUUUCCUUUAACAGAGAUGCUCAGCUUCCAGAAAGAACACGGAGAACCGAAUAGCUUUGUCAUACUUGGAACAACGGCAAACAGGAAACAAUCGCUGAAUUAUGGCUGCAUAGUUGAAAACGAAGAAACGAAUGAGGUGUUGCAUUAUGUGGAAAAGCCGAGCACAUUUGUGAGCGACAUCAUCAACUGUGGUAUCUACCUAUUUAAUCCUGAGAUCUUCCAGCAUAUUGGAACAGUUUUCCAGAAAAAUCAACAAGACAUGAUGAUGGAGGAGACGAACAACGGCUGGCACAGAGCAGAAGCCAUCAGGUUGGAGCAGGACAUUUUCACUGCCCUGGCUGGACAGGGCAAACUCUACGUUUAUAAAACACUCCGAUUCUGGAGCCAGAUAAAAUCAGCAGGGUCUGCAAUUUAUGCAAGUCGGUUAUACCUCAACCAGUAUCACAAGACUCAUCCGGAAAGGCUGGCUGCAAACAAAGAAGGAGGCCCUAAAAUAAGUGGUAAUGUCUAUAUCCACCCUACUGCCAACAUUGAUCCCACUGCGGUGUUGGGCCCUAAUGUCUCCAUUGGCACAGGAGUUACUAUUGGUGCUGGGGUUAGAGUGCGUGAAUCCAUUAUCCUGCAUGGUGCGACUCUCCAGGACCACUGCUGUGUCUUAAACAGCAUUGUAGGAUGGGAUAGCACUAUUGGCAAAUGGGCACGAGUAGAAGGAACUCCCAGUGACCCAAACCCAAACGAUCCAUAUGCAAAGAUUGACAGCGAGACACUUUUCAGAGAAGGAAAACUCACCCCGUCCAUCACUAUUCUUGGUUGUAAUGUGUCCAUUCCCAGAGAGGUGAUAAUCCUCAACUCUAUUGUCCUGCCACACAAAGACCUCAACCGCAGCUUCAAGAACCAAAUUAUUCUGUAGCUAAUCUUCCUCACGCUGUAUUUCUUCACUGUGUUAGUAGCGAGGGAUAAACGGCAAGGCUGCACACCUCUGAGUUACUGUAUAUAAGAUGUCAGGCGCGAAGAUAUGGGACAUUCAUUAAGCUGUUUUGAAAGAUAGAUUUUUAUGUUUGUCCUCAAGGCUUUAUGCAUCAUUGGCGUCAACAGUAUUAAAGAAAGAGCAAUCACACAUGUUGAUUCACCUUGAAAAGUGCUGUCAGUGGCCCGCGUUAUUAACUUUACCAAACUGUUAAAUUACCAGCAGCGUAAGAGUAAUAUAUUCGGUGGACGUUAAUAUGAUGUAAAAAGAAGUUUUAUAGAUCAGCACAUUAUGUUUCCCCCAAGGACACACUCGAGAGUCUGUUGCAAGAAAAGUAAUUGUAAGUGAAUAAAAAUCACAGAGUAGUGACUGUUGUUAAAAAUUAGAGGUGAUUAUUUGGGUCACGCUUUGAUUGAACCCUUUUAGCGUAUUAAGUGCCAGUAAAAACUGACUACUAGCUAAAUAAAUGGGUGACUUGGUAUUGACAUUGCAA